AUGUCAUCAAGCGUGAACCUAAGCAACCUCCGCCUAACGGUCAACUCUAUGCACGAUAGGGCGGAAGAGCCCAGCGCAGCUGCUAGCACCAGCAAGACUCCGAAUCGCCGGUCCACGCAGAAGCGCAAAUCUCGUCGAGUCCCGGAUGAGAGCGAGACCGAAGGCGCGAGUAGUCGUCCCACGCGGAAGAAAGCGAAGACGAGGGGACGGCCUCGGCGCGAGCGCUGCUCCCCAGAGCCGGACGAGGAGGGAGGUGAGAACGAGGGCAAGAAGUGGGAGCCGGGGAGGGAUAGGGGCGAGAAGAAGAAAAAACACCUGAUCGAUGCUGCGUAUGAUAUCCUCAACGUCGAUCGGAGUCUGAUUCACGAUGACUUCCCUUCCUCUCCACCCUCCCCAGAUUAUUUCUGCAACGUCGACAAGCACCCGGACGAAGAUGCUCGUGCGGAGCUGGCGGAGAGGGUGAGGGACAUCCCUGGGUGCGAACACUACACCUCGCGCCAGGUGUACGCGUACUUUGGGAACAUGCGGUUCAAGACGCGCGAGGGGCACGUUCCGAAGGCCAUGCGCCGUUUGCAGGAGGACGGGAGGCUGCCUGGGGAACGCUUUGGAGACACUAGGGCCAUCACAAGCAUUGGCCAGAGCUCGCGCGCGUCCCGUCCUGACCGUGCUGCGCUGUCAAAAGAGGCUCCCAAUGCCCUACCUAACGUCAGUGUCGUCUCCCAGCUUGAUACACUCCUCAAAUCUCAUCCUAGCCUGACGUACGAGGACGCGGCGCGGUGGGCGGCCACCCUUGGAGGCGGAAUUAUCUCGAUCAACCCGGAUGACAUCCUGACGUAUGCGCUAUUGAAGCAAGCGAGCACUACUCAGCGGCCACUUGAUGCGGAGAGGCAUUCAGAAGACCCAGGCGAGGACGACGGAAGCCGCGAGCGGGCCAUCACUCCCGUCGAUCUGGAAAACACUUUCAUGCGGCCGCUUUUCAUCGGAUCCCCAUCGCAGAGCGCGUCCGAGGCAGAGGUGGAGCUGCUUUUGUCGGAGUCUACCCCUGUGCGAGAGUUGUUGACGUUUCCCUCGCACGUUGCAGGUUUCAUUAGGGACGGCGUGAGCGAGAUCCAGUCUAAUUUGGUUCCUGCGUACGGAGGUAGUCUGGAGGGCUCCGUUAGUGCUUCCUCAGAUGUGAGUGAUGCAAGUCCAUCGCAAGGGAGAUCGCAGAAAUCGCAAGUGAUGCCCAGCUUGAGCAAUGCCCGGCAUCGUUCCCUGGGCCACAUGAUCCGCAAGUCUUCGCCGGCGGUCCCCACCAAUCGCACGUUUAGCCCGCUAUCGGUUGGUAUGCAACAACACCACAAUCGGCUCAAUCCUGCAGUCCUUGCAAACUGGCUCGUAUCCUCGUCGACUUCCUUCCCACUCGUUCCAGACCCCAUUUUCUCUCCAAC